AUGGUCGGCGUUCCGCGCAGCAGCGGCUGCCAGCUGUGCAGGAAGCGGCGCGUCAAGUGUGACGAGGCACGCCCGGGGUGCGGCAACUGUCGCAAGUACGGCGCCGAGUGCCCCGGCUACGAGCGCGGCAUCAAGUUCGUCUCGGGCAAGCACCAGAUCAGACAGCGGGGGAAGCGCAGCGACAACGAGGGCUCCGUUGCCAGCGGCAGCAGCAACUCCAGCGCUGGGUCCGUCACGCCACCCGGCGAGCCAUCGCCUCCAGGUGCAGAUACGCUGGUCAAGUCGCUGCGGCCCAACAGGGCAGAGUUCAUCGGCACCAUCAUCGCGACGGUGCGCACAAACAUCACCCAGUCUGACGUGUCGGGGUUUCUGUCUUGGGUCGACCUCGGCCGGCUUGGUUCGCGCGCUGUUCUCGACGGGGCCAUGUCCUCGCUGGCCAUGCAUCUCGUGGGCAAGGAGCGUGCCGACGAAGACAUGAUUGCCUACAGCAGAAGCGUCUACGGCAAGUCGCUGGUAGCGCUGCAGACGAGCCUGCGACACGAGACUGAGUGGCGGUCGUCUGAGACGCUGUGCGCGGCCAUGCUGUUGUGUGUCUUUGAGCUCUUUGCUGGCACGACAUCGUCAGACUCGUGGCUGGCUCACGCAAAGGGCAUAGGGACGCUGAUGAAGGAGCGUGGACCGGCGGCGCACGCCACCGGCUGGGAUGCCUCCAUGAUACUGGCCUUUCGCGGCGUCCUGAUUAUGUGCGACAUGUUCUUCCCCCAGAGCGACGUCUGCUUUCUGUCUCUGCCGGAAUGGAAACCAAUAAUCAAGGACGGCGGACGGCACUUGAUUCAUCCAGAAGAGCAGCCUGACCGCGUCAUCCACAUAGCGGACAACUUCUUCGAGUGCCUGGCAGAGCUCCCUGCCAUACUAGCGCCAGCCUAUGUCCUCCGCGAAUCGCGGGCCAUGGGCACCGUUCACGAACCCGGACCUGAAAAGGUCGCUGCCCUCGCCCAGCGCGCGCUGCGUUGCCGCGAGCUCUUCGCCCAGUGGUACAGGGACUUCAAGACUCUCAACGUGAUGCCCGAGGAGGUACCAACGCAGGACCCAUCAUCGCCCUUCGCGCUGGUACUGCAGUACCGAGUCUCGUGGAUCGGGUCUAUGCAUAUGGGCUACUGGGCGAGCAUGCUCAUCCUGCAGGACGCGCUUGUGCAGUUUCGCUACCUCGAGCUGGACUCGGAGGAGCAGGCGCGGCGUGACGAGCUGGUGCGCAACAUCCUCCGCUCGCUCGAGACGGUCGGGUCCGGCACCAUGGGGCCGUACCGCGUGGGCUUCGCGGUGCGCAUCGCAUACGAGGUUGCGAGCCCGGAGCACCAGCGAUGGGUGCUGACCCUGCUGGACAGGUUCAACAAGACGUAUGCGGCGACGGACCGGGCGACAUAUCCGGAACCCAAGCCGGAAGAGAAUGUAGAGUGGGAGUUACUUGAUUGA